AUGUCCGCCUCUCUAUUCACAACAAAAACUCAGAGACAAGUAGCUCUUAGGCUCCAGAAUACUUCCGUACGAUGUUAUGCGCGUAAAGUUGAAUCCGGAAUGGACCCCAGAAGGGAAAUCAUUCGCCGUGCAUUAUAUCCGGGAAACAUUCGAAAUCGUCCUACACCUACCGGCACCUGGAGACCAGACAUUGGAGAAACCAUACAACGAGCGGUUCCCUCCGUACAAGCUCAUGAAACGAUAGAACGGGCAUGGCUUCUCCACCGCCGUCACGUCAGAAAGAGGAGAGAGGCGGAAUUGGAGAGGAAGUUUGAUUGUAUGAAAAAGGCUAUGGAUGAGUUGGCGAAGAUAGACAGCCAUCUUUAUUACGAGGCGAACAAACCGAGCGAUCCACGGGUACGGACACCAGAAGAGCAGCAGUUGAUGCGGACCAUGAAGGUAUCUGAGGCUAGGGCGUUUGAUUCGAGGAUACGUGGGCUGUUUCCUCGUGAGCUGAGGAUACCGACGGACACGCCUUCGCGUACUGGGUGGAACUAUGAAUUCAAUCCUGUCAAGAGGCCAAUUUGA